UAAUUCAGUUCUCGCCUAUUGACGGAACCAACACGUUUCACAAUUGGCGCCAAAACAUACGCGCGGUUUGCCUACGCGGUUUUUUUUUAAUUUGUGCAUUGUUGUUUUAAUUGGCAAAGGAACUUUGAUAUUGUGGAAAGUUUAUGUGAUUGAGUGAUUUUUCUUAUCAUAGUUAUUAAAAAAAAGCAAUGGAAAGGAAAAGCAUCUAAUCACGCUCACGAAUCACCUAACAGCACAAAGCGUAUUAAUUUUCAAGCUUGUAACAAACUAGAUCUAGCGUCAUCGAAAUGUUCCGUCCGAAUCUCUUCCGCGGUCUUAGCGUGGACUCCGCUGAUUCUGGGGACUACAACCUCGACAGGAGCCGUCGGGCGUCGCUCAGCGCUGAGCAGCGAAGGAAGCUCAGCAUGCUGAGGACGUCCAGCAUACCCACACCGCUGUCAUCGGUGAGCCACAUUUACCAUUUGCUAGUCUGCCCGAGAAAAUGCUGUAAUCAGAAAUAUGUUGUCAGCACGGAUCGCAGUGGAGAUAUUCAUGUACACGUUCAGGGUGACUUAAGUCAACAAGACAAAAGAUGCGUUUUCCUUACUGUCCACGAUCUGGGAACCAAUCACACAUCGAUGGUGGAUUUCGUGAACAGCCCCGCGAUGUCUGAGAUCAAAGAGCGAUCGUGCUUCAUCCAUGUAGACGUGCCAGGACAUGAGGAGAAUUCUCCAGAUCUGCCUGAGUCGUACCCGUUCCCGUCACUCCAGACGCUGGGCGAGGACCUGGUGACGGUUCUAGACUUCCUGCACGUGCGCUACGCCGUCGGGCUCGGCGAGGGCGCCGGCGCCAACGUGCUCGCGCGCUGCGGUCACGCGCACCCGCGCCGCCUGCUCGGUCUCGUGCUGGUGAACUGCACCUCGUCCGCGUCGUCGGUGGCGGACGCGUUCCGCUCGCGCUUCUCGCGCUGGCGCGGCGCGGACAUGUCGCACUCGGAGGAGGACUUCCUCGUUUACCACAAGUUCGGACACCAAAUCGCGAGCGACUCGUGCGAGGCGGCGGAGCGCGAGCGCACGCUGGCCGAGUACCGCUCGCGCCUGCGCGGGAACCUCAACACGCACAACAUCAAGCAGUAUGUGCGCGCCUUCAUUAACCGCAAGGACCUUGUACUGCGCGGUUGCCGGCCGGACAUCCUGCUGAUAACGGGAACUCAAAGCCCGUACUUGUCGGUCGUGGAACGGAUGUACAAGGAGCUGGACAAGGACAAGGUGACCAUCCUGAAGGUGGACCGCGCGGGGGACGUGCUCGCGGAGGCCCCGGCGAAAGUAGCGCAGUCGCUGCUUCUAUUCUGCCAGGGGCAAGGGCUGCUGACGUCACUGCCGCCGCCCGGCGUGGAACGGCGCAUGUCGCGCGCCAUGUCCAUGGAGGAGUACGACAAGCCCAACAUCCGCCGGCUGUCGCUCACACCGGCCGCGGCGGAGUCGCCGCCGCCGCGAAAGCUGUAGGUAGGGCCCGGCCACGUGGCGUGGGAGACGGUGUGAAUGAGGAUAUUUAGUAUGGCCAUGUGUAGCGGCUGGCGUGUGGAAAGCAUCACAUAUAAUUUUGGGUUUUUAAUCAUAGGGUGCUUUUUUCAUUAGGUGCUUUGGAUUUUUUAAAGUUUUGGUUUGUUUAUAAAGUUGCCUUUUUUGCAAAAGUAUUGUAAACCUAUGAAAAGCAUACCAAAUAUAAAUAACAUGUUGUUUUUUCCAUUUGCUCGCUUGCCGCUAUAGAAGUGAAUUCUGUUUGAACGAUAUAGUUACCUAUUCUUUAGAUUAAAAAAAAACAUUCGAUUUAAUAAUAUGGUGUUAUUGAAGCAUCUUCAAAAAUUGCUUAAUAUAUUAGUUGUACAUUUUCUUGGUAGAAGAUAAGAUGAUUCUAUAUAGCUCUAUAAUUAUUUCCAUUGUUUUAUUUUUAAUUACAGUAAUGCAUGCAUGCAGGCAUAGCAUUCGUCUUAUAUUCAAGGGUGCUUCUCUGUUUGUAAAAUAUUUAAUUUCGUAAAUAUUUCCUUAUUAACAAUUCAAUUUAUUUUUAGCACCCACGUCUCUUUUUAAUUAUGCCCAUAAGCAAAACAAAUUAUUUUGCAGUAUCAUUUCAUUUCAUAGAUCUGAUUUACAUUUUGUUUUCAUCUCUUUUGUAAGUCACUUAAAAUAAUAAGAAGCAAUUCUAAAAGAACCUAUAGCAUACAACUUUGCAGAGCAAAUACACGUAAAUCCUUUCUAUAGAGUAGUUAUGUAAAUUGUGAUCAAAAUAAUGCGAUUUUAUUUUGAAUGAAAUAAAAAUUUUAACUACCAUUUGCAUAAUAUAAUAGUCGCAUCACGUGGGAAAAUUUAUUAUUAUUAGGUUUUAAUUGUUUAUUAAUACGUUAUUGAAUAACGACUGUUUUAAUUACAUAAUGAAUUGUCCAUGCUUGGAAGAAUUUACUAGAAAUUAGUAUGAAAUAUACAUCAUGUCAGUUGCCUGCUUCAUUUUAUUUAUGUAUUCUUCCUAACUUUUCUAAAUGACGUUAAAAGUCCUGUCAACAGCCCACCGUACUAUAGAACUAUAGAACUAUAGUUGUGGCUCAAUCAUAUUCAAAUGUUUGCUGUUUUAUACAUAGUUUCAAUUUCAUUAUUUGUAAUUAUACUAUAAGUUAGCUAAGAAAAAUAUUAAUUAUCGAAUACCUACCAAAUAUGUGUAUUAAUUGUUAUGAUUUUUAGA